CAAACAUGGCGCCGUCCAUGGUUGUGUUGGUUGCUGUGAACCUUUUGCUUGAGCAAAGUUUAUUGACGAGUGGCUUUACGCAUUGGGUUGUCACUGAGGAUGGUAGAGUACAAUCUCAGGCGGACAGUGUAUUCAACCUGCGACGACCCUAUGAUCUUGUGGAGUUUAUGAAACAGGAAGAAAGAGCCACCACAAUAAAUAUUUUGAAAAAAGAACUCCAAAUACGGAAGCAUGAGAUUGAUAAAAAUGAAGAUAGAGAUACAGGUCUUGAGCAGAGGUUCUACAAGACAGAUCCCAACUGUGUGGAGGCAGGGAAGCCCCUUCCUGAGUUUGACCUGUACAUCUCUACAGUGCUGCCUCUUGAAAACAAGGGGAUCCGGCCAGAUGAGCAUAUUGAGGUCAAUGCCAACCUGCCAGAGAAUCCUUUGGCAUCUGGAGAGAAUCCUAACUACAGUAUACAUGGUCUGCAUCUUGAUGUGACUGAUCUCAACUACAGCAUACAUGCUUUUGAGCAUCUGGAGGGUUUAAAAGAUAGACAGAACUUAUCUGGCACCCCAGAACUUGGGCUGAAGAAUGCCAUUACACAUCGGGAGAAUGUGGAUGACUAUGGCCAUCUUGUGUAUGAGGCUUUACAGAAGAAUAAAACAUCAUGGGUUUUAUACAACAUGGCUGCCUUCUACUGGCGCAUCAAGGGAGAUCCAUAUCAUUCCAUUGAAUGUGUCCGCAGAGCUCUCCAUUACUCCCCCAGAUCACAGAAAGAUGUAGCUCUCAUAAGCCUGGCCAACGUGUUGCACCGGGCCCGGUAUUCCAACGAAGCAGCCAUCAUUGUACAUGCAGCCCUGGACGUAUCUAAGGAACUCAAUGUCAAUCAUUUUACUCUGGGAAAUAUCUAUGCGGUACUAGGCGAGUAUAACAAGUCUGUCAUAUGUUUUGAGAACACUCUGAAGAUUCAGCCGGACUUCGAGGCUGCAGCCAAGAGGAAGCAUGCAGUAUUGUGUCACUCCAAGCUGGAGGCAGCUCUGGAGGCCCAACACCGGUCUCUACAGAAGACGUUAAAGGAACUUAAGGAAUACCAGCGGAAACAUGACCACUGGCAGACACAGCAGGACAAGCUGGACUUCGAACAAGUCUCGCCUGAGGUCAAGGCCGCGCAACAGAUAGCAUAUGAGACGCAGAAGAUAAAAGUGAUGCCAUCGGAAAUAGGGGAGUAUUGCCGUAUGGAAAGUCGCGAUGGAAAGCAAGUGCUCGUCUGUUCCUGGAGUAAACGAGGACCAAUGGAUUUUGACUCACACAGUUCGAAGAUAAAAGAGGGCGAUAAAGGAUCAGAUUACAUUCAGAAGACAAGCAAGAAGCAGGUGGACUACUCAAAACCUGUCAGACCACCAAUGCAUUCAAAAAAUAAAUUGCCUCCCACUAAGACAAACACGGCGCACAUGAUAGAGGAGUGGCCUCAGAAAGAGGAGUGUGACACGUACGUCCAGAAGGUGCCGGACCCCCGUAACCUCACCACAACAUACCUGUCUCCAGAAAACAAGGGCUUUGAAGUGAAAGCAUUGCUCACUGAAGCUCAAAACUUAAAACCAGGGGGAGAGCACCCAUUGCCAUGGUACCCACCAGUGUGUGUUCCUCUACUGGAGAUCCCAGAGGUCGAUCGUCGCACCUAUGAUCAUCUCAAAACCAUGGCAUACUCGGAGAAGAGCAAGAUCCCACUGAAAUAUAAUGACCCAUCCAUGAGACCGAUUCUGUUGGCCCAUGUGAACAAUGCAGUGGUGACUGAGGAGGAAGUGGGACAGAGGAUUCUCACAGCACUGAAAGAGAACAUUGGUCCUGGGUGGGUGUUGUACAACCUGGCUGGCAUGUACUGGCGCAUCAUCGGCAACAACUACCAUGGCAUCGAGUGCAUCCGCAGAUCCCUGCAUCUCGUACCUGAUGAGUACCGGGAUGUACCGCUGGUAAACUUGGCUAAUAUCUUCUACCGCUACGGUCGAUACGACGAUGCAGUUACAGUGUUGCGGGAUGCUCUGAGUGUCAAUGAUUGGGAGCCAUCAACCCAUUUCUUCUUUGGUAAUGUGUUAUGGGCAACCAACAAUUACACCGGCGCUGUGUGGCACUACCGUCGAGCACUGGAGGGGGACCCCGACAACGUGGAGGCCUUCAACACGCUGAGAGCAAUACGCUGCCACCAGAAGUACCACCAGGCUACCCAGAGUGCAGCACCACAGGAACUCCCUGCACAGCCAGUGGGCAGCAACUGUCAGCCGAAGGUGUUUACGACUAACCAACAAGCAGAGAGCAGAGUUAUCUGUAAACUGGAGAAUGGUGAAGAGAAGUGUAUAAUUGAGACAAGAACUCGGCACAAGUCCAGUGACUGCAACGGCCACUGCACGCAGACCUGCACCAUCAGUCCAGUGAAGAUGGACACCUGUUCCGGGGGCAGUGAGGUCACAGUGGAUCAGACAGGUGGAAGUCAGUGUGCUCAAAAGGGAGGUAACUCUCAGUGUUCAGGAGAGAAUGAGGAUAUCCUAUUCAGCGGUGAUUUUACAAGUCGACUGGACGAAGUCAGCGAAUACUACGAGAAAAAAGGUCUUUGUCAAGGAGAGGAGUGUAACCAGCUCCGGGUGCAGUGUCUCAUUCCAAUGAAGACGCACUCAGGUUUGCUGGCUCAUGUGAUCACGCCACCCAAAUUGUUUGUGCGGCCCGUGUCUCUGCACACAACCCAGUGUAUGCAAGGAGGACAGAAGCCACACAUUAAGCUGGAGUUUGUGGACGGUGUCCUCCACCAGAAGCUGAUCUUUGUACAGGCAGCAUCAGAUUUACAUGUGGAAGCCAAUGAAUGUGUCAUAUUUAACGACGGGUCGAAAUCUAGUGGAUGUAAUCAGCCUGAAUACCGAGCCUAUAUACUGGAGGUGGACACAGUGAAGUUGGAGCAGGACGUGGAGGCUUUGGAGAGGCUCAUCGACAAACACCUUAAGUCCUGCCAGCAGCUCGAGGAUGCUCUCCUGGGCUCCAGCUCUGAGGAUGACGGUGUUAAGGAUUUGCCAGCCCCCCCAGGUCAUCCACUUGGAUCUCAGAUGACGGACGACUGUCUUCCUCUACCUGAUGUUGAACUGCCAGAUACCUCCAUCCAUGUCAAGAGUGGAUAUGACGUUGACUUUGAUCCUGUGAUGUGUUCGUCUGUGAAGGAGGUGGACUUCCGGAUGUUUACGUCAACAUGGUUGUCCGUCACAGCCAAGGGAAUCGAUUUGUCUGACCACCUCGACUUCAACAAAGUGAUCAAGCACACCGUAGAGGAGCCAGAGUGUGGGGUGAAGAUGGCAUCAAGUGUCGUUGGCUUUGACCACCUGCCUGGAGUGAAGUGUCGAGCUGGUUUGGAAUACUCGGGAGAGCUUGGUCUCAAGGAUGUGUUACAGAGCCUAGGCGGGGAUGAUGAGCCAGUUCAGGUGAUUGGGGCUCGUAUAGCACGUGCUUUAAAGGAGAAUGCAACGUCGUGGGUGUUGGCGAAUUUGGCGGCUCUCUACUGGAGAGUGGAAGGAGAGGCAUCAAAAGCCAUCAAUUGUCUGAGACUUGCACUUACAUAUGCCCCCAGAGAAUACAGGGACACAGCAUUGAUCAGCAUGGCCAACGUCAUGCACCAGACAGACAACCUGAACGAUGCUAUCGUCAUCACCAACAUGGCGUUAGAUACAUCUGAUAAUUUAGCUGUGUCACAUUUUACUCUUGCCAACCUGUACGCAGCAAAGGAACAAUGGGACAAUGCUGUGCUAUUUUACAAAUCAACUCUUGCAUUACAGUCUCACUUCCAGCCUGCCCGAGAUCGACUAAAUUAUAUUCUAUGUAAAGCCUAUGCAUAAACACAGUCCCAGUCUGUCAUUGUCUGCAGUGAGCUUAGAGAAGUGUUUUUAUAUUUACUAAUCAGAAGAAUGGAUGGAAAUUGUUUGCCAAGUUAACUAUACAGUUCUACGUUGAUCUUAUUUUAAAGCCUUGAUUCUGUGAUUGUUGUGUUUUAAUCCAUCUAGAAGUGAUUUGUUUGACAUUAUAUUUUUAGAGAUUUUUAAACUGAUCUUAAAACAAUUGUCCAGAAUAUGUAUUUUUUAAUUGCUAUUGUAAUUGAAAUAAGGACCAGUUCAGCAUGAUUAUUAAUGAAAGUUGAUUUACGUGUCCUUGCAGUGCCCAAUGUUGUACUAUUUUCAUCAGACUGUUAACUUGUUGGAGGAGUGCUUGAUUAUUUUUGUAGUUUGUAGGCAUAUAGUUUCUGAAAGGUCUUAUCAAAUUAUGAGAAGCCAAUGGAUGUAGAAUUAUAUCUUGAUUUCCAUUGGAGAUUAAUACACUAGCCUGUGCUAAAACUGAUGAGUCCACUGGCCUGAAUCUGUCUCUGGACUUCAACUUCCAGCAGACAUUAGUGUUGAAGUACUUCCAUUAGCAAAGCUUUAAAAAGUGAAAGAAUUUUUACUAGUUUACUAGAUUGGAUGAUGGUUCGAGUCCCAGACUGACACUGCAGUUGACAAGUGGUGUAAUGAUGCUGUAGUACAGGUUUGAUCUGCGAUACGAGGCUCAAAAUACAAUACAUCGAUUUUUUACUUCUGUGUCACAAUUCAUGAUUCGUUACAUUUAGGGCUGGGACGAUACACUAUGUUACGAUACGAUACGUAAUGCGAUAUUUUACCUGCAAUACGAUACGAUACUUACACCUUGAAAGAAUGGCACAGUAUUAAGGUUUAAAAAGAUUAAUUUCAAUGAAUUUGUGUAUAAUAAUAACACUAUUGUAAUAAACAAGCACGAAACUCGAUCAUACUUGCCUAUUUUUCUCGAAAUAAGAACUUUAACAUGUUUAAGAUAAAACUGUUUUGAAAAAAACUUGAGUAUCGUUUUGUAUCGAUACACCAGUCGACGAUACGAUAGCUGUAUCAAACUUAAAUGUAUCGCGGUGUAUUGGGGAAUCGUCCCAGCCCUAGUUACAUUCCUGUAAUACUGAGGUAAAACAUGUAAUGAAUACGAUGUCAAAAACUGUUCAGGAACUAGUUAAUGCAGAUUCUCUUGUAUUUCCUGGCUGGCUGUAAACAGCUGAAGCUGUCCAGUGCACCCAAGGUUAUGUUUCCCCCCUGACAGUAUCACACAUUUGCUGUGUGAAAUUUGAAACAAAAUACUUGGUCCCAUUCACAUGCAAAAUGGGAUAUGAACUUACGAAAUAAACAUACUGUAUCAUGACACAAGUUGUAUCACACCCAUGGUAUUGAGAAAGAUAUGGCAUUGCGGUCUUACGGUAUCAUUACACCUCUAGAAUUUAGCAAUAAAUGUCUAUCACACUGAUAAUUGAUAGUUAACCCUUUAAACGAGGGACCACAUCCAUGGUGUAGUGGACAGAGCGUCUGUUUCGAUCCCAAUCCCUGUCAGACAGUCGGAGGAACUAAUAUUUUGAGCUAAUCCUGAAGCCAAUACAAGCAGGAACAGGAUCUGGUGCUAUUUCAUUGGAAUUCAGUUCAGUAUUAUGAAAUUACUGUUACACAGCAUAGUGACACUUCCUUCUGGGAUAAGUAUUGCUGAUAAUAUUUUUUGCAGAAAUCCAUCUUGUAUUGUUGUGUAGUUUUUUGUAAUGUCAGUUCUGACCAAAGGAUUUAUUUAACAUUCAAGUCCAGUUUUCUACAAAUAAUUCAUUUUAUCUGAACCUCUCAUGGUAUGGAACAAAAAAUAAUUAAUUUUGUUUUGAAACAAUGAAACAGCAUAAUAUUGAAGGCAGGAUAGCUCCUGAGUUUUGUGUUUUUAUUUAACUUCUUUGUGACUGAUUAUGCUGUUAAUGACCCAUGAUAAGCAGCUGUUGCUUGGCAACCAAAGUGUUGGUGCCAGUAAAUGUUGAGUGGUAUGUCAGAUCUUGCAUUGAACUUUAACUAUUUCACUUGUUUUAAUUCAAUAGUUGUGUGUAGUUUUAUCUUCUUUAAUUUUAACCGAUUAGAUAAAUGGCUAUACAAUUUGAUUGCUUCCCACCAGCAGUUGUGUGAAUGUUAAGUGGCUACCAUUGAAGGUGAACUUUAUUUUGGACAUUUGAACAAGACUUUACCGUAUCAUGUCAGAUAGUAUUUUGAUUAAUGAUUGUAUUUUAUACCACAAACCAGAAAAUGCAAAUAAAUUUUUAGGUUUUUCAA